AUGUUCUCUUGGUACCGGUAUGGCAUUGAGUCGCCGGUGCGGCGCGCCGAGGAGGCGGCGGAGGCGGCGGCGGCGGCGGCGACGGUGGCGGCACCGGUAACCCUGGGCCACAUGUGCACGCGCGACGCCGAGUGCGCGGCGGCCGACCCGCACUCGCGCUGCGUGGGCGGAGUGUGCGACUGCGCGCUCGCCAACGCCACCUGCUCCGCUCAGCGCACGGGCUGCCACCCGGGCACCUUCCAGUUACAAGCUUCUGGAGGCCUCAUUGUGAGCACAAAUACUAUGAACGGACACUUUCAUGAGUUCCGUACGAACAGCGGGUGCCUCAGCGGCACUGCCAACAUUACUCGUAACAGUAGCUCCUUGUCAGACGGCAAUGCUGCCCAGCCUCUAAAAGAUGUUGCUGUGGGAGACUUCCUCCCAAGGUUCUGUCCUUGA